AUGCUGGAAAAGACAGAAGCAGAUGACGUGUUGGACUUCAUCAACUCGUUACCUGACACCAAGCCUGUGAGUGGAAGCGGAAAUAGCGCUGGAGCUAAGACAACUGGCGGGGAUAAGAAAGGAGGAAAGAAGGAUGAAGAGUUGUUUGAUUUCUUAGAAGAAUUGGAACAACAAUCAAAGACUCCUACUACAAAGUUUGAGCCCAAGAAGAACAAUGGUAGUGUUAAUAAUGUGGAAGAAAAGAAACUGAUGAGUUCUACUGCCAGUACACCUCGAUUAGGAACUCCUAAGCUUGGAGGGAGCACCAGUGGUACCAACAGAAUUAAGAAGGCUGAAGGAGUGUCUAAUGUAGCAGUAGCAGAACCAGUAACACCACCACCACCACAAGCACAAGUACAAGAGCUGAGAACAGAGUCUGGUAAUGAUGAACUUGCUAUUGAUCCUAUUGCUUCGCUUUCUUCAUGGUGGAGCAAAGAAGGCUCAGAUACGAUUCUGUCGUUCUGGACUACGAUGGCGUCUAAAGCUGAAAAGGUUGGUGAAACGACUUUCCAAUUGGCUUCAGAAACAACCAACCAAUUGAACCAAAAGAGACAGCAGUAUUUACUGGAAAACCAUAAAGUGGAAAUCGGCAACUUGAUUCUGAAGUUUGCUAAUGGGUUAAUUAAAGAGAACGAUGAGCUCUUGGAUAUACAUCUCACGUACGACUUCACUGAUGAUUUGGACUAUUUGACCAGUUUGGUCUAUGAUAGUUUCUCUCUGGCAAUGAGUCAAGUUGAAGGUGACAUUGCUGUGAAUGUGGGUAGUAACCACAAUAGAAAUCCGGAGAGCAAUGCUGAUGCCAUGUUCUUUGGGAAGUUGAUUGACGGUGAAAAAUUAUGUAAUGCUAAUUUGGAGUCUUCCAUGAAGGAGAUUCUCAAAACGAAUAAGAAGUUGAAGGAAGAAAAGGCUGCACACGCAGCAGAGUCAGAAUCUACAGAAGGCGGUGGUGAACAAGAUGAUUUCAAAAUCAGCAGAUCAGACAUAUUUGUUGCUAUCCAACCUGUGACCACAAGAUUGGAAGAUAAACCUCCGGUGAAAAAUGAUGAGGAAGAAACUAACGAUGAAGUUAUCAUCGAUGCAUUGAACAACGAGUCGUUCUCAUUUAUUGUGAUGAUGAGAGAUAUUUCCAAUAGUAUUACCAUUCGGUCCAAGACCCAGGCUUUCCCAUAUAAAUGGUUCAAAUGGCUUAAUGGAAAUAUUGGUAACGAAUUUGAACAGCUUGAAGGCAUUGAUCCUCGUGAAUGGGUCAAUGAUUGGAUCAAAGAUGGCUUACGUUUAACUUUCGGUGUCAUGGCACAAGAAUACGUUAUCAAGAGAAUGGGCUUUUAA